AAUCGGCAAUCUUUCAAGAUCAUUUGUAUUCAAACGUUCGAUGAUUAAACGUGCAUCGUUGAGCUGCACGAAGGCUCUUCUGCCCCGCUCAUCCGUACAGCUGAAUUUCACCAGGAAUGGACUCUUCCUUCACUACACUACGAAGAAGAAACGCCUCGCUGAGCGCAACAAAUCGCCUGACAAUCUUGAAUGGACUCAGGUGCUCUUUGACGGUUUGAAGGUUGUCGAUGAAGCUCAAAAAAACAUCAACAAGGGACCCCACAUGCUGCACCUCGUCACAUUGACCAAACCAACGAACGGUAGAGCUUGGUGGGAAAAAGAUAUCAUAUCUGAACUAGGCCUCGAAGGAAAGUUGAACCAGCCAGUUGUCCUGAAAAAUGUUCCAAACGUGAAUAAAAUGCUGAAGGAAGUGAAACAUCUUGUGCAAAUACAGCCAUUAAAAUUUCCACAUGGCCUCCCACAGCAUCCGACAGAUUUUGAGAAUGUCAUCAUAAAAAGCAAUGGAGAAUUAAUUUUCAAUAAAAAUAUAUGCCCCAGCAUAAAUAAUGACAACACUAAUAAUUUAAAGAAUCAAAAUGUACCAAGUGAAGGUGUAAAGAAUAAGUGGGCACUGACCAAAGAAACAGUUCAGAAGACAUUGGAUAGAACGCUCCAACUGCAUGAACUCAAUAAAGACCACUUCCCCACUAAAUACGUCUAUAAGCUCAAUCAAGAUGGCAAAAUGCAUAGGUACAACUUCAACAAAGAUGUCAGACAAUUUAAAUGGUGAUCCAGUGUUUUCUGAAAUUUGCAAUCUCGUGUUUUAAAAAAUAAAAUCUUGUUUGAAGAGAAUUUGUAUAAAAAAAAAUCCAUUACAAUUAUUGUGUUUAAUACUUGACAAUGGAUUGCAGCAUUUAAAUAAAAAAUAUCAACAA